GCUGGUAAGUCGGUUAGCGGCCCGGCUACGUUAGCCUUUGUUUAGUUAAAGGUAUUUUUGAGUUUGUUAGCAAUAAAGCCUCUUUUUGGAUUUGAACACUGCCUCUGUCGUGAUUGCUGCACUACCACUUUUCUCUUUAUCUGCCCUGUCCUGUUACACUGGUGGAGAAUGCGGGCAUAAAGACUCUAUUGGUGGUGUUGCAGUCAGAACAAUUUUUUUUUACGUUUUCAAGAUGGAGGAUGUACUAAAGGAGUUGGUGCGUAUUUCUACUGAGCAGCAGACUCUGCAACGGCAGAUGAUACAGGAGCAGCAGAAACAGAAUGCACUUCUCCACAUGGAGGUCCAAAAAUGCCUUACAGCAGCCUCUCCUGUCCAGAGGGAAGCAACCAUGCAGCCUAACCCAGGUCGAUUCAUCCCCAAAAUGACAGGGAGUGAUGAGAUAGAGGCCUACUUAACGGCCUUUGAGCGCACAGCUGAAAGAGAGGGCUGGCCAAGGGACUCCUGGGCUGAUCUGGUUGGACCGUUCCUCCUGGGCCCGGCACAGCAAGCUUACUUCGACCUCCCUCCGGACCAAGCAAAGGAUUACGUCGUCUUGAAGAAGGAAAUCCUGGCGAGGUAUGGCUACAGCUUAGCAGCAAGAGCCCAGCGGUUCCAUGAAUGGAAAUACAAGCCAGAGUUGUCAGCCAGGGCCCAGAUGUAUGACCUAGGCCGGGUAACCAGAGCCUGGCUGACAUGCAACCCCGAAAAGUUAAGUGUUUUAGAGAGGAUAAUGAUGGACAAAUAUAUUCGGUCUCUGCCCUAUGAGAUCAAGAAAAUGACAAGCCAGCAGAAUCCAGCCGGUCUGGAUGAGUUGGUUAACGUAGUGGAGAGCCACGUGGUCACAGCGGACCUGCUUAAGUCCACACGACCAGACACCGAGUGGGGCCGGAAAGUCAGUGGGGAAGCAUCACGGACUAGACGGGCACGAGAACCGCGAUGGGAACCAGAAGAGGUAAGGCGACGACAGUCCUACCUGCCAGAGGGCCAACCGCGUUGCUACCAGUGUGGGGAGACAGGCCAUAUUGCCCGGGACUGCCCAGGGAAGGAUGAGCUAAUGCCGACCGCCAACUCAUCUGGUGCAAGGCCCUGCCACCUUCUUGACUCUUGCUGGGUACAGGAAAGCUCCCUGGCUCAAAUGAUACCAGUCAAAGUAAAUGGAAAAGAUGCAGAGGCGCUAGUGGACUCAGGAAGUGUGGUAACCCUCAUUCAACCCCACCUCCUCGACCAUUUGCCAUCUGAAGAGACUGUGCCCGUCUCCUGUGUCCAUGGGGACACUAAAUUAUACCCCACUUGCCUCAUCCACCUUACCACAGUUAAAGGCAGCUGUGAGAUGAAAGUGGGGGUGGUUCCUUCCCUACCAGUCCCAGUCUUGGUGGGGCGAGACUGCCCACUAUACAAGCGCCUGCGGCACCAGAAGGAGGUGAGUCCCAAAAAGCACAAGCGUGCCAAAGGAAAACGAGAGAGAGGACAAACUGCCACCCAGGGUACUUCUCCUCAGCAGUUCCCCAAUGUUGUGUGUGCUGUGCCGGAGGAGCAGAGAGGCAACCAAUCUUCCAGUGCAGACGAGGCAAAUGAUAACCCUUUUGUUGCUUUCCCUGGAGACCUAAGCACAGGUCAUGAGGAGGGGGAAGUCUCAUUGCUUCCAAGUUUGAAGGGCCAGUUCGGGACCGCCCAGAUGGAAGACCCCAAUCUGUUGCAUGCACGCAGCAAUGUUACGGAAAUAGAGGGAAAACCAGUUCCAGGAGUGGGUGAGCUUACAUGUCCUCAUUUCCUAAUAAAAAAUAAUCUGUUAUACUAUGCCAAAGAGGUUGAAGGUCAGCGAAGAGACUUGUUGGUUGUCCCAAAACAAUAUGUGUCCACAGUGUUGCAUCUGGCUCACAGCCAUGUCCUAGGGGCCCACCUAGGGGUUGAGAAGACAAGGCAGCGGAUUGGGAGCCGGUUCCACUGGCCAGGGGUGGUAAGGGCUAUAGAGGAUUAUUGUCGCACCUGUGUUGAAUGUCAAAAGAUGAGUCCCAAGCCACACUUUAAAAGUCCCCUAAUACCUCUACCGAUAAUCGAUGUACCGUUUUCUCGCAUUGCCAUGGACUUAGUGGGGCCGCUGGUGAAGUCUGCCAGGGGACAUCAGUAUAUUCUUGUGAUCCUUGACUAUGCAACCAGGUACCCGGAGGCCAUUCCCUUGAGGAACAUGACAACGAGAGUGAUUGCACGGGAGCUGCUUCACCUGUUCAGUCGAGUUGGGAUUCCUAAAGAGAUGCUAACAGACCAAGGCACUCCCUUCAUGUCCAAGAUAAUGAAGGAUCUCUGCAGGCUCUUCAAGGGAAGUUCCACAGGCUUCAACCGGUUUCUCCCCCUUCGAGCUGCUGUAUGGCCGACAGCCCAGAGGACUUCUCGACAUCGCGAAGGAAGCCUGGGAGGAGCAACCAAGCCCCCAUCGGAGCCUGAUUGAGCAUGUAGAGACGAUGCAGACGCAUAUGAAAGAUGUUUGGCCCAUGGUCAGAGAGCACAUGGCUCAAGCCCAAGAAGCCCAGAGGAAAG